AUGUGGUCCUUUGAUGGGCCUCCCGACAGCUAUGGCCACUGGGAUCACGAGACUGCGAGACCAGCGGAACGAGCGAUUCUGGGCAUGAGCACGCACGGAGUACUCAGACCCGUCAUCGUGCAGCUCAAGAAAGCAGCGAUGCUGGAUACAGAGCAGCAGGUGACAGACCUCCUAAGUGAAGAUUUCUUGGAAGGCUUGCAAGCCUUUACUUUGGUGCUGGAGCUGGUGGGUUGGCAUGUGAACGAUCUGCUCACGACGGAUUUAGAGAAGUUGCGUCGCUCCAUGGCGAAGUACGGGAAGGCGAGCUACCGGGAAUGGCUUCAGAACGAGAUCCCUGUGCACGCUGAAAGCGGCUACAAGGAGUACGCUGACGAGUCGGCAGCCAUGGCAAAUCUGUGGGUGGCCAGGAAUCUGCGCUUCUUUGCGGAGAUGUUCGGCCUUCAGGCAGAUGGCCACGAGACAACGGACGCUGUGCGCGUGGCGUAUUCCAGGACGCUGCAGGAUCACCAUGGCUUCAUACAGCGCCAGGCGUUUUUCCUGGUCAUGGCACAGAUCCCCGACGGAGCGAAGUUACUCAGGGUUCUUGAAGGUGAAGUUCUAAUCGGCACCGAGAAAGUGGUCCAGGAGUUGCUCGAGCUCUCAGAUGUUGGGACUCGUAUCUCCGACUAUUUGUUCCGGAUGGACAGGGACAUCGUGAUGGAGAACGAAAAGCGCCAGGAGCAAUUCGAGGUCGAUGCAGCGUAUGGCAGGGCAUAG